GCCGCAUUUGAGAUGGAUAUGAUGUAACUCCAUAGGCUGCUUCUUCAUCCUGCUUUUACAGACAAAUAACUUUGGCCUUCACCAACACUUUUGCUAGCCUACACAAUCAUGGGUGGCCCAGACCCUUUUCGAAAGGACCGUGAAAUGUUCAAGAAACGAAAAGACACUGUGCAAAACAAGUGUUUUGAGUUGGUGCGGUGUUCUGGGGCACAGGUGUAUCUUCUCAUCAAGCAUCCCGAACGUGGAUGUUUUGAGUUCAACUCGGAGGCUGAGCCACCACAUCUAGAAAGCCAAGAGUUCGUAGAGCGGAAAGGGAUGAUGGACUUUGUUAAAUCUCCUCGGCAAAAAAGGAAACUCGAGAAGCUUAUUGGAGAGUAUCUGAAAAAGAGAGAUGAUUUGAGACGGACUUUGGUGGUUCCCGAGGCUCCAAAACUUGUGUAAUGUUGAGGCUCAAAAAAGAUUUGCAAGCUGUUUUGUUUCUUUUUCUUUUUUUCACUCUGUGGUAUUCUGCUUGCAGAUUACCUUUUUCUCGUACAAGAACCUUUGUAACUAUCGUUUUCAGCUUGCAGGCUAUACUAAUACUGGUAUAAGUACAAUCAAUGUUGUUCCCGAACACAA